AUGUCUAUUCCGCCCCCUAAAUCUACCGCAAACAAUAAUGCUUUCGAUGAUCUGGAUGACGAUGGGUGGCAGGAUAUGCCGAUAAUUCGUGCGAGCGAUAAUACUCUGGGCUUGGAUGAAGAGGACGCAAAGAGAUAUCACUAUGUCGAACCGAAGAAAAGGCUCGGAGACGAUACUCACGGUGGUAAUGCAACGGGAAAUCUUAUUGACUACGACGACAGAGGCAACGAGUGGAGAUCCAAACUUGACCAGAACGAGGACGAUUACACUCGCCUGAAGCUAGAUGACGACGAUGAAGCUGACGAAGUUCAUCUCCGGACGCGAUAUCUAUUCGAUGAAGACAAAGCCAUGACUCCACUUAGCCAAAUGCAAGCCACCAAGGAUUUACUUACCGAGGCUCAGCGCAUUGCUUAUGUUGGUGUAUGUGCUCUUGCUUCCCGGGAGAUGGUAAUCUCUCUCAGAAAGGUCAAAAGUAAAGAGUUGAAGACGGCCAUUAACAAUCUCGAGCUCUGGUCUCUGAAAAUCAUGGGUCGUUUGUACUACCAUAUGGAACUAGAAACAGCUGAGCAGAAAAUGAUCGAGACUCUAGCCGAGCACGGUGUUUCUGCGAUGGACCUUGUCCCAGCACUCAUGACCACGCAUACCGUCGCAAACCCCGAAUACGACCCUGCUGAAGCUCGAAGAAAGGACGCGGAGAACGCACUUGCCCGACAAAGUGAACCACUUGAUGAAGACUAUGAUAUUACAUCUGCCGGUAACAAUGAAGAAAACACUGGCGCGCAGCCUGUCGCGCCUAAGCAGAAAAUGAACAAUGUUCAUCUCCAAACUACUGCGAAUGUCAUGGAACCUCUGACGCCCACAGUCUCCACAAUGCCUGGGGUCUCUACUUCACUUUCCACAACGGAUGAAAAUGUGAUUUUGGAUAUUCGAUGGACAGUUUUAUGCGAUCUCUUCUUGAUCCUCAUUGCCGAUAGUGUCUACGACUCCCGUUCUCGAGUACUCUUGGAAAACGUCGCUACCAAACUUGGUCUAGGGUGGAUUGAUGUCGUUAAGUUUGAGAAACGUGUCACAGAAGCGCUGGAAAUUCAAGAGGGUAUUGAGCGUCUUGAGCAAACGGAUGUUAUAGAGGGGCGGAGCAAGAGUGCAGCUAAGAAGAGGUACAUGAUGAUGGGAUUAGCUACCCUAGGUGGCGGUUUGGUUAUUGGACUUUCCGCUGGGCUCCUGGCGCCCGUCAUUGGGCUUGGUCUUGGGGCUGCAUUGGGCACAGUAGGAAUCACUGGCACUACAGGUUUCCUUACGGGAGCUGGUGGGGCUGCCUUGAUUACUACAGGGGGUGUUUUAAGUGGUUCUAGUAUCGCCGGUCGUGGGAUGGCUAAACGCACGCGACAAGUGAAGACUUUCAGUCUGCUACCAAUCCACAACAACAAGCGUGUCAAUUGUAUCAUUGCAGUUCCAGGGUAUUUGGCACAUGACAAGGACGAUCCUCGGUUGCCGUUUAGUGUUCUUGACCCUGUCAUAGGCGAUGCUUUCGGUAUCUUGUGGGAGCCCGAGAUGAUGGCUGAGAUGGGCAACGCACUUAAGAUUUUAACUAGCGAGGUAUUGACCCAGGUCGGCCAAACCGUUUUGCAAGCAACAGUAAUGGCAGCUCUGAUGAGUGCCCUUCAAUGGCCACUAAUCCUAACUAAGCUGGGGUACCUCAUUGACAAUCCUUGGUCUAACGCCCUUGAUCGUGCACGCGCGGCUGGCCUCGUGCUUGCUGAUGUGCUCAUCGAGCGCUCCCUCGGGGUUAGGCCGAUCAGUCUCAUAGGGUAUUCUCUGGGCGCUCGCGUGAUAUUCUUUGCUCUUGUCGAACUUUCGCGAAAAAAAGCGUUCGGCAUCGUCCAGGAUGUUUUCUUGCUUGGUGCUACUGUCGCAGCUUCCACCCAACAAUGGUUGCAAGUACGGGGUGCAGUGGCGGGUAGACUCGUCAAUUGUUUUGCUCGGAACGACUGGCUCUUGAACUACUUGUUUCGCGCGACCACCGCUGGCAUUGGGACUGUCGCUGGCCUGCGCCCAGUAGAAAACGUACCUGGUUUGGAAAAUGUUGAUGUGACCGACAAAAUUCUGGGGCAUCUCAGUUAUCGGACAUUCAUUCCUCUUAUUAUGGACCAACUUGGAUUUCCAGUCACAUCAACGUACUUCGAUGAACCAGAGGAACCCGAAAUGGAGGGGGACCGGAUCGUCGUCCGGGAACCACCUCAGCCCGUGGUAUCCCCACCUGUGGCACCUCCGCCUAAGAAGCGAUUCAGCUGGUUUUCGCGAAACAAGAGCACUCCACCUGAAAAAAUUACAACUUCGGGAUUGCAAGAACCCGCUACACGGGCACGCACUGUUUCGACAUCAAUCCCCGAAAAAGAGGAUGAUGACUUGCCUGAAAGAAUCGCUCUGCCUGUAUCUCCUAUGCCUGGGCGUGCCCAAUCCCCUGCUCCGCCGUCUUAUACAUCUGCUCAGUCAGCCUCCAACGUCCCUUCGGAAAAGACUGGUCUUCCUGUUGCACCAGAGUCUCCGACUUCUCCGGAUAUAGCCCCCACUGCGGGCUUCGACUUUAAGGCGAUUGGUGCAGUUCUUGGGAAGCCGGAUCUUGAUCCUACCAAGAUUCGUAUGCCCCAACCAUCCCCAGCAAUGAAAGCCACACUGGCCAUGACUCCGAGAAACGAACCUAUGGAAAUUGGAAGGUCUGAAUCUGCCCCGCCAGCUUCAUCACAGACGCAGAUAAUCGACCUGCCGGAACGAGAAACUACACCGAAACCUAGAGCGCAGACACGAGCCCAAACUGAGUACGGCGCGGAUGUAUUGGGCGCCGGACCCGAUAUCACAACAACUAGGACAAGGGUAUCUGAGCCUGAAGAAGACGAUGGGGAGGAUGUAACCGCCAUGUUCCAGCGUUCGACAUCAUUAGACAGCACCUCAGGACUGGGUCUCAGUUCAGAAGGGCGGUUUGCGGGCGGAUACAUUGGCGACCUUUCAGGACAGGGAGAUGAUUCAGUAUCUAAAGGGUUUGGGUCCCCACGAUUCGCCGAAGAAUCCACCAUCUCGUUUGGGGCCGCCGGUAGUAGCACCUGGUCGCUACCAGCAAAUCCAUUUGCAACACCUUCAACGUCAUCUUUGGCUGGAGGUUUCGGUUCUUCGUCGCCGUUCGGAACGAGCUAUAUCGCUCCCACACCCCCCAACCCUUUCUCGGAAUCAAAUUUGUCUUUUGGGGCCUCGGACGAAAAUGUUACAUCUUGGCCAACACAGCCGACGAAGAAACCAUCCUUACCGUCAAAUCCAUGGGAGACCUGA